AUUUCUUCAAACGUCAACAUUCAGGACAAGACGUCAGCAGCAGUAGUUAGCGGCGAACCGGUGAAAAUGGAGAUAUUGUACACUUUACCCUACCAACUUUUAGAAGUUCCAAAUCUCAAGGUUAAAUGGCCGUCAUGGUUUCGUCAACCCUCAGCGAUGACCGUUUACGCCAUGGUGCUUCUAUCUUACUUCUUGGUGACAGGCGGAGUUAUAUACGAUAUAAUCACAGAGACACCAGGCUACGGAUCAGUGACUGAUGAACGAGGCACCAGAACAGUGGCCAUCAUGCCUCACCGUCUUAACGGCCAGUAUGUAAUAGAGGGUUUGACAUCAUCCUUCAUGUUCACCAUGGGAGGGUUGGGCUUCAUUGUGCUCAACCAAACUCACAGCCCAUCAACACCAAAAUUCAACCGGCUGUUACUCAUAGCUGUUGGAUUCCUCUUUGUCAUUGUUGCAUUCUGCUCUUGUUGGAUCUUCAUGAGAAUUAAACUUCCGGGAUACCUCCACUCAUAAACUCAUCUCCUUCCAUGAACUACAUUAAUGGUGACCUCGACUUGUCUAAAACCUCAUAUAUUAUUCUACUAUCCCUUUUGUAUAAGAUAUAAUUUUCAGAUAAUGAAUAAAGGUAGUGUCUUUUA